CUCAGGAGAGGAGCAGUGAUGAGAGCCGGUAUGAAAGAGCAGCGGCGCACCGGGGGAUAACACUGAUAACACCGAAAACACACACUCAUCACCGAGCACCGAGCACACACACAUGCACAUCACCACCACAGGCAAAGAAGUAAAACCCUAACGAUAGUAGAAGUGAACCAGCGGUUUGGGUGAGAGCCUGCAGCACAGCACCAAGUGCAGACAGAGUUAUGGGCGGUGGAGGACACCGGGGCAAGCAUCUGGGGUCAGGAGAGAUCGGCUCAUGUGCACAGUACACCUGGGAGGAAGUGCAGAAACACAACAGCACGGACGAUCACUGGCUGGUUAUUGAGAGGAAAGUGUACAAUGUGAGUGAAUGGACAAAGAGACAUCCCGGAGGACGCAGAGUUCUUGAGCAUUAUGCUGGAGAGGAUGCAACGGACGCAUUUACAGCCUUCCACCUGGAUCAGCGUUUCGUGCAGAAGUUCAUGAAGCCACUGCUGCUGGGAGAGUUGGCACCUUCAGAGCCCAGUCAAGACCAUGGCAAAAAUGCUGCUUUAGUGGAAGAUUUCCGGGCCUUGCGUAAGCAGUUGGAGACACAGGGCUUUUUCCGCACCAGUCCAUUGUUUUUCAUACUAUAUAUUGGACAUAUUCUGCUGCUGGAGGCCUUGCCUUUGGUACUGCUAUGGAAUUUUGGCAAUGGCUGGAUUAUUACAGUUCUAAUUGCUGUCUUACUGGCUACUGCACAGGCACAGGCUGGCUGGCUUCAGCAUGACCUUGGCCAUCUGUCAGUCUUCAAAAAUUCCACCUGGGAUCACCUAGCACAUAAAUUUGUCAUUGGACAACUGAAGGGGGCCUCUGCAAACUGGUGGAACCAUCAACACUAUCAGCACCAUUCUAAGCCCAAUGUGUUCAGUAAGGACCCUGACCUCAACACACUGGAAAUACUGGUACUGGGAGACAUCCAGCCCGUAGAGUAUGGGAUUAAAAAGUUGAAGCACAUGCCCUAUAAUCAUCAGCACAAGUAUUUCUUUUUGAUUGGACCUCCCCUGCUUAUACCAGUGUUCUUUAGCGUGCACAUUUUUCGAACUCUGUGCUUAAACCGUGAUUGGGUGGAUUUUGUGUGGUAUCUGUCCUACUAUACGCGUUUCUUCUUAUGCUAUGUUCCCUAUUAUGGAUUCCUGGGAGCAGUACUGCUUCAGACCUUUUUAAGGUUUCUAGAGAGUCACUGGUAUGUGUGGGUGACCCAGAUGAACCACAUUCCCAUGGACAUUGACUAUGAAAAACAUGAUGACUGGCUCAGCAUGCAGUUGAAAGCUACUUGCAAUGUUGAGCAGUCGUUCUUCAAUGAUUGGUUCACCGGCCACCUCAACUUCCAGAUUGAGCACCAUGUCUUCCCUACAAUGCCUCGCCAUAACUAUGUUCACGUGGCUCCUCUACUGCGAGAGCUUUGUGAGAAGUAUGGAGUUCAGUAUCAGGUCAAAGGCCUAUGGGAGGCCAUGUCUGACAUUAUUGGGUCUCUGAGGAAGUCUGGUGAGCUGUGGCUAGAUGCCUACCUCCACAAAUGAGUCGUCCAUUCGUCCAUCGAUGACUGUUUUAAACCAUGUCUACACUGUAAUCACCAUUCAACAAUAUUGACAUAGGAGGUUACUUCUUCGACCGUUCUGAGUGUCCAUAAUAAACCUGCCUUUAAUUCACUUUAGUUAAUGAUUCUCAUUAUCCAUUGUCCUAUAUGCUGAAACUGUUGUGUUAUUAUUGUGCUUUAGUUGUAAGUUCACUUAAACCACAUACCUCAUCUCUACAAGAAUAACAUAUCUUUCCAUGCUGCUGGUAGAAUCAGACACAAAUAAAUCACGAUGUUUUGAAUGAUUUUUAAAUCUUAUAUUUAAAAAAAACAACAACAACAAUGUUUUCAAUUAUUAUAUGAAUUUAUAGUGAUUAAUUUAACUUGCACUUUGAAUUACUGAAUAAAUCUUAAGCUGCUCUUGUUCUUCUUCAA